AUGUCGAAUUCAAAUAUGUCAAAUCUUUCAAAACAACAAUCUAGUAUUCGCCCCGCCAACGGUCGUCAAACCGUUGGAGAUGGGGCUUUCUACACCGACAUGACUCCUAGCGUGCUUGCAGUGUGCCGGAUGCCCGGCAGCAACAUGUACUACUACUCUACUGCGUUCUCUGGCGGGCCCGGGGCAAAAUGCCCUCCUGAUAGAGGGUCGUCAGACUGGGUGACAGACAGUCUGGCGCCGAUUUUCUCUUCUUCGCCCCCUUCCGAUACCUCAUCCACGCUUUCAGCCUUCGGCACCGACAGCACCGCCAGUUCCAUCAUCCUACCUCCCACCCCGCCUCCGGAGGAGUACAGCCAGCCUACUAGAAGCGCGCCGAGGGACAUCGCCAACAAGAUCGCUCGCGCCCCUGUCCCUGAUAUCCUCACGCCCCCCUUGACUCCUGACGAUGCUGAGGACGGAGAAGGCAGCGUCGCAGCUAUUAGCGCGAAGCAACGCGAUGCUGCUCUCGAGUUCCUCUCUACUCUCUUCCCGCGCAAUGCACUGGCUGCCAUGCCUUACGCCAAGAACGUCUCAAUCUCUGCUCCGAACCUUGGUGCCGAGUUUGAUGGUGUCGUGCUCGAGCUACCCAACAAACCCAAGACCCUCUACGUAGACGGAAAGAGCGCAGCAACCGUCAAUCUCAGGGAGAGCAUCGUUGCUCUCCUAGAUCUCGCGGAUGAGAGCUUGCAAUGCUCCGCGUUAGUCAUUGCGUUGGAGAAGAGCUCGCCGUUCCUCGGCGAUCUUCUUCACUCAUUGAUGUACGUGGGUGGCAGUGUCGUCACCGCGCCGCCCUUCGAAGUCGACUCGUCUUACGUGCUGGUUGGGUUGGAGAUAUGA